AUGGAAGAUUAUGAAAUAGGGGAAGGUCUCUCCGAUGAUGAAAAUCUAAGUGCAAUGAUGAUGGUAACUAAGAAUGACCCUACAACGUUUGAAGAAGCAGUAAAAUGCAAAAAUUGGAGGUUAGCAAUGUCAUCGGAAAUUGAAUCCAUUGAGAGGAACCAAACUUGGGAACUUAUUGUGAUUCCAAAAGAAACCAAACCUAUUGGAGUUAAGUGUGUAUUUAAAACAAAGCUAAAUGAGGAUGGUACUGUGGAGAAGUUCAAAGCUAGACUGGUAGCAAAAGGGUAUGCACAACGCCAUGGUAUUGAUUAUACUGAGGUAUUUGCUCCUGUGAUAAGACUUGACACUAUCCGUGUAAUUCUUGCAAUAGUUGCACAAUUUAGUUAA